AGCCAUGAUUCCGAUUCAAGAUUCAAGGACAAUUCGAAAUUGUUCGAUUGUAGAUUAUUAAUUUUGUUUUUCGAAACCUCCUCACUCCCUAUAAACGACAUCUCAUAGUCUAAUAUCCGAUGGGUCCUAGGAAUACACAUGUAAUAGUUGAAGUGCCAAACCUCUCCUGUCAUCACUUGUGAACAGCGGAAACCAAUUAAACCCAUCCCAUCAGCAUCCUGAGUUCAAUGCAGCUUCUCCUGCGGCCAAUUUAUCCUGCCCAGAAGAAAACGAGAGUAUAAAAUUAAGCCUUCAUUUUUCAAGCGCUUACAGAAGAAAAACUUCUCUGAAUUGCGUUCUACUCGUCACAUAAACCGGAUAUGGUCUCCCAAAUCAUUGAUCGCGAUAACCCAAAAAACCCACUUCCUAUGAGGCCGCCCAUGACCCGAUUUUACUCUCGGCGCCGGAAAAGAAUAGAGGAAAGUGAUAUCGUUGAGAAGUCUGUGGGUGACGAAGGGUUAAUGAAGGAGAAGAAGAGGAGGAGGAUGGGAAGCACUGAAUUAACCAAAUUGGGGAUUGAUUGUAAUGCAUUGAGUAAUUUAAAUCAUCAGCUUAGGUUACAAAUAUUGGACAAUGGUUUUGGUAAAUUCAGUAAAAAUAGGAACUGCUGUAGUAAAGUUAAUUAUAGUGACAGUAUUAGGAAGCGUAGAAAUAGUGAUUAUUUUGAAAACGAGUUGAAGAAUUCAGGGGCUUUGACCAAGAAAUGGGUUAGGUUGAGUUUUGAAGGUGCUGAUCCAAAUAAAUUUAUAGGAUUACAAUGCAAGGUUUAUUGGCCACUGGAAGGAGAGUGGUAUUCUGGUCGGGUAGUUGACUACAUUCCGGAGACCGGACGCCACCAUGUGAAGUAUGAGGACGAAGAUGAGGAGAAUGUGAUAUUAGCAAAGGAAAGAAUCAAGUUCUAUUUAUCUCUUGAAGAGAUGCAAAAUAUAAAGUUGAAAUGCUGUGACAAGAGCUUAGAAGCUGAUCGAAUUGACGUGAAUGAGAUGGUGGCAUUGGCUGCAAAUUUGGAUGAAUGCCACGACCUUGAGCCCGGAGAUAUAAUUUGGGCAAAACUUACUGGGCAUGCUAUGUGGCCAGCAAUUAUUCUGGAUGAAUCUCUUAAGGUUGAGCACAAAGGACUAAACCGAAUUUCUGGAGAAAAAUCUGUCGUAGUGCAAUUUUUCGGUACCCAUGAUUUUGCGAGGGUUCCAAGAAAACAAGUUCUCUCAUUCCUUAAAGGGCUUCUUUCUUCCUGUCACCUGAAGUGCAAGAAACAAAAUUUUGUUAGAGGCUUGGAGGAAGCAAAAAUGUAUCUUAGUGAACAGAAGCUUCCAAAAAGGAUGCGGCAGCUACGGAACGGUGUUGAGGCUGAUAACUCUGAUCAUGAAAUGGGAGAGGAUGAAGGUGGUGCUGAAUCGGCCGCUGAAGACUUGAUGGGUAAUGGUGAAAUUAGAAGAAAACUUGAAGACCUUAAAAGCUGUCCUUUUGGAGUUGGGGAUUUGCAAGUAAUAAGCCUUGGAAAGAUUGUCAAAGGCUCAGAUAAUUUCCAAAAGGAGAAGUUAAUAUGGCCUGAAGGAUAUACUGCUGUAAGGAAGUUUCCUUCAAUAACAGAUCCAAGUGUCUGUAGCUUAUAUAAGAUGGAAGUAAUGAGAGAUGUUGACUUAAGAAGCCAGCCUCUAUUUAGAGUUACAUCGGACAAAGGGGAGGAGUUCAAGGGAUCCACCCCGUCUGCUUGCUGGAAUAAAAUAUACAAAAGGAUUAGGAAGAUGCGAACUAGGAGUUUGGAAGCUGAAGUUGUAUCUGGACAAAGGCUUGAAUCGGGUUCUGAUAUGUUCGGUUUUACCCACCCUGAGGUUUCGAAAAUGAUACAGGAAUUGUCAAAUUCCAGACUUUCCUUAAAAUCCUAUCAGUUGGCAUCUAGAAUGUACAAAGACCUUCCUGUUGGUUACAGGCCUGUUCAUGUUGAAUGGAAGGACCUCGAUAAGUGCAAUGUUUGCCAUAUGGAUGAGGAGUAUGAUGAUAAUUUAUUUCUGCAGUGUGACAAAUGCAGAAUGAUGGUUCAUGCAAGAUGCUAUGGGGAACUACAGCCUGUUGGUGGUGUUCUUUGGUUAUGCAAUUUAUGUCGUCCAGGGGCUCCUGAAUUCUCUCCUCCAUGCUGUCUAUGUCCUGUUAUUGGAGGUGCUAUGAAGCCUACCACAGAUGGGCGUUGGGCUCACCUAGCUUGUGCGAUAUGGAUACCAGAAACCUGCUUAACCGAUGUAAAGAAAAUGGAGCCUAUUGAUGGGCUAAGUAGAAUCAAUAAGGACCGCUGGAAGCUAACGUGCAGCAUCUGUGGCAUUUCUUAUGGGGCCUGUAUUCAAUGCUCAAACAGUACUUGUCGGGUAGCAUAUCAUCCUCUCUGCGCACGUGCUGCUGGGUUUUGUGUUGAGCCCGAUGAUGAGGAUGCACUGUCUUUGAUUCCAUUUGAUGAUGAUGUGGAAGAUCAAUGUAUUCAACUACUUUCCUUCUGCAGGAGGCACACACCUGCAUCCAGUGUGCGUUUGUCUGCUGAUGAAUGCAUUGGAAAAAAAGGCUUCGAACAUGCAGACUGCAGUCCCCCAUCUAACCCUUCUGGUUGUGCUCGCACAGGUAUGCUGUCUUUAUUUGUAUUCUUUCGUCAUCAUUAUUUUGAUGAUGCUUGGGGGUUUGUUCCUGCUUACCAUUAUAUAUUCUAUAGAAAAAAAGAGAGAAUAAAAAAAUGGAAGCUAGUGAAUAAGGAAAGCCAAAUCUUUCAACUCUCCUACUCAAGAUAUUUAGGUUCAGUUUUUAACGAGGAACGAGGAAUUGUAGAUGAUGUAUGUAUUGGAGUGGAGUGGAUUGGUUGUAAGGUUGUGCUCUUUUGUAAAAUAAGACAUGAAGUUAUGAAUUUAAACAUCAUUUCUUUUCUAUCUUUUCCUUUGAUGUGCUCAAUUAUGCACAUCUUUGGGUUUGUUCUACUCUUGUCCGUCUCUGUUCCUGUUGCAAUACUUUCCUUCUUCAAGAAUUUCAUUUUUCUUGUAUUUGACUUGUUAUUAGGAGUUUCUCAUAUUAUAUCUCUUGUCAUUCACCUAUUUGGAAUGCUUUUGGCUCCAGGGAAGUCUGGUAUUCAUGGUUUUGGUGUCUUUGCUAAACAGCCACAUAGAGCAGGAGACAUGGUGAUUGAGUAUACUGGUGAAAUUAUUAGACCUCCAGUAGCUGACCGAAGAGAACGCUUGAUAUACAAUUCGUUAGUGGGUGCUGGAACUUACAUGUUCCGAAUAGAUGACAAACGUGUUAUCGACGCUACAAGGGCAGGAAGCAUAGCACAUUUGAUCAAUCACUCAUGUGAAGUAUGUAGCAUCAACAGCAUUUAUACGACUAUUGCUUGCUUCUUGAGAAACAUCCUU